AUGGUAACACGUGUGGAAAUAUCAUCAGACAAAAGUGAAACUACAACAGUGCCUAUUGAAACUAUUACAGAAGUGGACUAUAGUGAUCUUCUUUCACUUAACCAAGAAGAGGCGGUACGACAGGUUCUUUCGGCAUAUCCUCGUCUUGGACUGCAGGCCACAGAACUUGGUCGUGCCCGACGUAUUGUACAAGAGACACUCUAUCACAAGCAGGCAGGUGAUAAGGUGUUUAUGGCGUACACAUCUAAUCUAAUCUCUAGUGGAGUGCGGGAUACUUUUGCUUUUCUCGCGCGUGAACGGCUUGUGGAUGGUUUUAUUUCUUCCGCAGGUGGUAUUGAAGAGGAUGUGAUUAAAUGUCUUGGCAAGACCCUUAUGGGAAAGUUUACCUUAGAUGGACAUAUGUUGCGUAAGCGUGGAAUUAACCGAAUAGGUAAUUUGCUGGUUCCAAAUGAUAAUUACUGUUCUUUUGAAGAUUAUUUUAUGCCUGUACUUAAGAAAGUGCAUGAAUUGCAACGGGAGUCUCGUUGGGAGAAAAUGACAGCACCAUCUGAUAUUAUUGCAGCGAUGGGAGAAGCUCUUGAACAGAAUCACCCUGAUACAUGUUCCUCUAGUCUUGUAUAUUGGUGUUAUCGCAAUAAUAUUCCCAUGUUUUCACCUGCUCUCACAGAUGGUUCAAUGGGGGAUAUGAUUUAUUUUUAUAACUUUUCAAAGAAAGGUCUUGUUGUGGAUCCAAUUGUGGAUGUUGUGCGAUUGCGUGAGAUGGGAGGUCGUGGUCAUAAUAAUAAUGAUAAUAAUCAUCAUGAGAGAGUUAGCGGGAAAAUUACAUGUAUUGUACUUGGAGGUGGUUUGCCGAAGAAUCAUCUCUUACAACAUGUGCAGUCGAAUAAAGUGGUGUAUGUAUCAACAGGACUCUCAGCGGAUGCCUGUCCAAGUUCAUGUAAUGUGGAAGAAGACAGGGCAAAUGGAAUCUUAUCUGAUGAGUGUGAAGUGGUACGUGUACAUGGUGAUGCCACCAUUGUAUUUCCUCUCCUUGUAUGUGAUAAAGAAUAA